AUGCUUACAACACUCCCCAACGAAUUGCUUCUCCAGAUCGUAGGGUCUCUCUCCCAUGACUUGCAGGCACUCCAAAGCGUGGCCCAUCUCUCCCACCGCCUUCUUCCCAUCGCGCGGCAGGAGCUCUUCAAGGUAAUCAACAUCCGUGCCCUCGAGCACGUAUACAUGGACCCAUACCUCUGUCUCGUCUGUGAGCUGCGUGCGGGGCCUCGGUUUAAGACUCGCCCCGAUCUGCUCGACCGUCGCUUCCUUCACAAGCUAAAUGGGCGCACACUCCCUGAACUUCGCGCACUGAGCUUGCAUGGGAUCGACUUUUCGAGGACAACCAGGGUCUAUAAGGAAGAUUGGGACGCUCUCAGGACACUCACAUCGGUGACGGAACUGUCACUCUCUCGCGUCGUCUUCUAUGACGAAUUCGACAUGAUGACCCUCAUCCGCGCCCUCCCCAACCUGUCAGCACUCUCGCUCGACUGCGUGGAGGUUCCAACAGAUAGCGAGAUGCUCGAUCCCAACGCGCACCAUGCCCCGAUUGCCCUCGAUCGCACCAACGCGGGGCGGGAGCUGUACACCAUGACGGAAUCCCGCCCGCUGCUAUCGAAGCUAUCCCUCGAUUGGAAUUACAUGGUUCUGCAGGCAUUGUGGUGGCUGGCCCGGCACCGACCCGGAGGCAUGCCCUUGUCUACUUUGACCAUCGCCCCGUCUGCUGUUGGGGCCGACAUGAUUAUUCCCCUCUUCGGGCCUACGAUUGUGCAUCUCGCCAUGCCCCUGCGCCCAUAUAUUCUGCGAGAUCCCGACGAUGAUUGGCCCCGGCAUUUUCGAAAGUACACAUCGUUGCGUUCGUUGACGCUCUUCAUUGACGCGCACGACCCACACCCACCGGAAGGCCACUUGUGCCCGUGGACCCAGGUUCUCUACGUCUUGCAACAAGGAUUGCCCGCGCCGGCACGCCUCGAAGCACUCACGAUUGACAUGCGUCUUGCGCACCCUGGUCCGGAGGAGCUAGACGGCGCUAUAUCAUGGGGUGUGCUUGAGACGCUGGGCGAGAUGCUCGUCAGUGGCGAGUAUGCGGCCGUGCAGACCGUGGAGUUUGUGGUAGAGUGGACGGCAUGGCCCAGUUGGGAUCUGCGAGAUGAGGCGAACGCGCUGAUGCGCAAGAUCCGGAGGAGGCUGUCGAGCUUGUCUGACGCGGGGCGUUUGGUUGUCCGAUAUGGCGUUGUGCGGGAGUUUCAUAGUUAA